AUGCUCCGUUAUCCUGUCGCACUCUACAGGAAGCUGCUUGUUUUGUGAUGACAUGGCUGCCGCUGCAGAUAAAAAGGGGGAAUUACAGAAGGAAUUGAUUUGUGCUAUUUGUCUGGAUUAUUUUGACGAUCCGGUUAUUUUAAAAUGCGGUCACAACUUUUGCCGGAUGUGUAUUUUAAUGCACUGGGAGGAGAACGGAGGAGACGAUAUCGGGUACCAGUGUCCAGAGUGUCGGAUGGUGUUUGGCAAAAUGAGCUUCACAAAGAAUUAUUUGGUGAAGAACCUGGUGGAUAAACUGAGCGAGUUUGAGUGUCUGAAGACGUGCAGGCCUUCUGCACCGGCCAAACCAGCCAAAACGGAUGGUAAAUGUGAGCGACACCAUGAGGAGCUAAAACUCUACUGCCACACAGACCGAAAGCCCAUCUGUGUGGUGUGCAGAGAGUCGAGAGAUCACAGGCUCCAUGAUGUUGCUCCUGUUCCAGAGGUUGUUGAGGACAUGAAGGGAGGCCUAAAGCUGAGGCUCAUCAAACUGAACUGGCAGAAGUCCAUGUGUGCCCGAGUCAAAGCCACAGAUGAGCAAGCCAAAGCAGACGUCAAACUAAAGAAGCAGGCUCUGAAGGAAAAGAUCGAGGACGAUGUUGGAGCACUGGUGCAGUUCCUGCUGGAUGAGAAGGACAGACUGUUGGAGAGGCUGGAGGCCGAGGAGGCAGCUACUAUAGCACUGAUCGAUGAGAAUCUUAAGCUGGUGGAAAGUGAGGCAGCUAAAGUGGACAAGGCCAUUGCUGAAAUUCAGAACCAGCUCAGCGAGGUCGCAAACUUCGAGUUAUCUUAUGGAUAUCUCUUUCAGAGUAUCAGCAAAGCAUAUUCAAGCCCAAGUCACGUUUACCUGACGGUACAAGCGGUGAACUGUCCACCUGAUUUCACCGAGUUCACUGGACCCUUUCAGCUCAUCUUAUGGAAGAAGAUGAUGCAUGUGCUGCAUACGAUGCCGCAGAACCUGACGCUGGAUCUGGACACAGCGCACCCGUCUCUAGCCAUCAGCGACUUCGACACAAAGGUGGAGGAAGGCCGGGCACGCUCGCACGAACCUGACCUGCCACGCCGCUUCACGCGCUUCUUUGGCGUGUUGGCUACUGCUCAGUACUCCAACGGCCAGCACUACUGGGAGGUAGACGUGAGGGACAAAGGAGUGUGGUAUCUGGGUGUGACGACAGCACGCAGCAACCGAAAGGGCUUCGUUAGCCUGUCUCCGUCAGCUGGUUAUUGGAGCCUGAGCCUCCACGACCGCCUCUACGCCAACGAAGAGGACGCACGCGUGCCUGUGGCCGAUUACUGGAGCUCUCCACGUGUCGGUGUCUUCCUUGACUACGAGCGUGGCCACGUGGCUUUUUACGACGCCGUCACCAUGAAGCGUGUCUACAGCUUUGCAGCGUACUUUGACGAGCCCGUCUCGCCCUUCUUCAGCCCUGGCAAGAACGACCCAGGCAGCCGCCUGCAGAUCUGCCACUAUUACUAAGGAGAGACGGUUGGCGCAUUUUGAAAAGGAGAAGUCCACUGCAGGGGAAGCUGCCAGCAGACAUCCCCUUACUACUGAUAAGGCCGUGAGGGGGGAAAAUGAGCUUGGCGCUUUGUUUUGUGAGAAUGAAGCUCCUGUAAUAGAAAACUUUCACUGAGAGGAAAACAAAGAAAACAGCAUCCAUUGUAUCUGCAAUCAGAAGUUCUCGUUCCUAGGCGUUCUUCUAUCAGGAGGUCAGACUCGGGGCUUCAUCACGAUCCGUUCAUGUGAAUUAGGGCAAGUAAAACUUCACUACAAGCGUGUUGUUCUUCCCGUUGGAUUACGAUGUAGCCCGGUUGACAUUCAGGUCACGAUGCGCUGCAGGUUUUAAGCAAAUAUUAACUUGAGCUGCUUUUAACAUCUCAUCUCACCUCUGUGUGCUGUUCAUUUGUUUACGGAGUUAAGUGUUCAAAUCUACCUUGUUUAAUCCGAAAUAAAAAUGAAUGACACUGUAAAUUUUUUUUUUUUUAAGAUACAUUUUUACUGUGCAUGUGCUGUACAAACCCGAGCAGCUCAUCAAGCAAAAUGGCCACUUCGAAGCAGAUAUAUAAUAUGGAAAUCCUUAUUUCUGUCCCAGCUGAGAGUUGGGUUUGUUUUUUCCUGCAGUAGGGUCUUAUUAGUCGCUUCAUGUCUGAAUAUUUCAACCCCAUCAGGCCUAUAUUUAAAAAAAAAAAAAAGAGUAGAUGAAAAAGAUCCUGUUAACCAGGUUUCACAUCCAGGUCAGCUUCAGCUAGGUUUAUUAUUACAUUAGUACAAAUCUUAUCUUCCUGUUUUCCAUUCUUAAUCAUUACAAUACGAAAUGAUCCACAAAAUGUGGCUAUUCGAAUAGGUGGUUUAAAAUGCCCAGCCUUAGUUUUACUACAGAAGUGUUGGAUUAUUUAUUCAUUCUCGCAUUAAAAGACUUGAAACAGCAGUCUGAUCCGUUUUUUUUUUUUGUACGUUUUCUAAUUUUUCUUUUGAAUCUUUUUUGUGAAUGUAUUUCAGGCUCAGCAGCCUAGCAAGUGUAAAUAAGUGUUUAUUAAUAGCUAUUACAUUUUAAAAACUGUUUUUGUCUAACUGCUUGUUCGUCUGGAUGUUUCCCUUCUGUUACGUAUAUGUAAUAAAUGUGUAAUUAUCCAUUUUUUUCCAACCUUGACGUUAACAUGUUUUGGUUUGUUACUGUAGCACUUGUUGCAGAUCACAGUAUUUCUUUUCUGUAACGUAACACGAGAGUACAGGGAAAUGAGGAGGUUCUCUCUCUCUCGUGUGUGUUUAAGUGGUGCGGGUUUUUUUUUUUAACUGUACAAAAAUAUCCACAGAUCCCCUCAGUUAUUUUAUAAACAUAAUCCAAUUAUUUAAAUAUUAGGCUUUAUUAAAAAUUAAUAUUUUAGCUAUUUAUUGAAGCUGUAGAAUAAUUAAAUUGGCAGUAGCUUUACAUGGAUGCUUGUUUAUAAAUAACAGACUAUUUUUUUUUUUGUGUAAGUGAGCUUUGGAUUAAUAAGUUUACUUCACAGACCAGUGAAACAAGCAAAUAAUUAUCAAUAAAUCAUGAUUUUGAUAAGGUGGGUUGUGAUUUUCACCACUGUAACAAAAUAAACAGCAUCAUUCACGGACCAUAGUCUUCUCAGACUAAAGCUUGAUUGGUUUAAAAGUUUUUGUCGAAUAAAUGUGUGCGAGAGCUGUUCUGAGCCACAGAGAGACAAGUAGCUUUAUAUUUACAAUUAUACACGAGUAAA